UUCGCAUGACGCACACUCCGGGCUGGGCUAUCGUGUCUGCGGACUAAAGGAGAGACAAGUAAAGCUUGCAACGUUUGGUCGUUGUCUAAAAGUUUCUUACAUUUUAAAGAAGAUCGUCAGAUCCUGAGCAAAAGGCUUCAUCAUGGCUGUGGAAGGAGGAAUGAAAUGCGUAAAGUUUCUUCUGUUCUUUUUCAACUUCAUCUUCUGGAUCUGUGGCCUUAUAUUGAUAAUCAUAGGCAUCGUGGUGCAAGUGCAGCUUAAUAAGACACUGGUAAUAAGCAAUGCAGCAUCCUCUGGUGCACCAGUUGUCCUUAUUGUGAUUGGUGGCGUCAUCUUCUUAGUCUCUUUCUUUGGCUGCUGUGGUGCCUGGAAGGAAAACCACUGCAUGAUCACUAUGUUUGCCAUCUUGCUCACACUUGUGUUCAUAGUGGAAAUUGCAGCGGUCAUUGCUGGGUAUGUCUUCAAGGAUAAGGUGAAGCCUGUGUUAAACAUUUCAUUUCAAGAAAUGAUCAGAGAGUACAGCCAAAGUAAAGAAAUACAGCAAAAUGUUGACUUCCUGCAGAGUUCUUUCCAAUGCUGUGGUGGGAAUGGCUCCAGUGAUUGGCGCAAUGCUACAUCUUCCAAUAUUCCAGUCUCCUGCUGCAACACGACAAGUUCCCCUAAAAACUGUAAUACUGCAGACCCAGGCCAAAUUUACUCCCAGGGAUGUGUGGAUGCUAUGGACAAAUGGAUACAAAAAAAUAUCCUCAUUGUUAUAGGAGUUGCUCUGGGAAUCGCCUUCUUCCAGCUCCUUGGCAUUAUCUUUGCCUGUAUGCUAAUGAAGGCCAUACGCAGUGGAUAUGAAGUCAUGUGACAUAAUGGACAGCUCUGACUUUGGCGAGAGGAGAGAAAUGAAAGACUUAAGUUUUAACACUUCUUUUCCCAGUGAUGGCUAUGAUGACUUCUUUUUUGUCUUUUUGUUGUAGGUGUUCAUUAGUUGUUUCUCUUCUAAAGAGUUUCACAUUAUGAGAAUGUAAAAAAGCAGCUGCUUUCACAAAUCUCAGUGUGUGCAUGUGCAAGCAAGGAGGAGAGAUCUCAAGUUGGUGUGAUUCCUAAAUUUUGCUUUCAUCAUUCUAAACCAGUCUUUUUCAGUUGCUUUGAGAAAUACCGUUUGGGCUCAUGUGUAAAUAAUAUCUGAAGAUAUGUCCAUGCUUGGGUCACCGUAGGGUUGUUCAGAAAUCUCAUUGUCCUGUUUGCCUAUGUGUCGUUUCCUCCCCCCGAACAUGUCUUCCAGACCUUUCCCUAAAAUAGCAAAAGUGCCCACUCGCUAGAACUUAAGUGGAACGUAUCUGAGUAAGACUGCUGUAUAAUGAAUUGCCGUUGAUUAAGAUAAUGUCAUUUUCUUCUGCACACCAAUGCUGAGAUGUGUGAAAUUUGCUUUCUUUUUAUCUACUAUAAAAUGUUUUCCCUGAGGGUUUGCUGUAAUUUCAAUCUUGUGCCUUUUACACCAGCAAAAUAUUUACAUUUCUUGGAUAUGAGUGAGAUGAGCAUCUCUCUUACUUUUUUUUUUUAGGAUUGCCUCUCGGGUUAUGACCAUACAUGGUCUUAUCUUACAAGGGAACAUUUGUUCUGUCUGCUUAUUGUAGCACAGAUUUCCUAAACCCUGCUAACUUCCCAUUGCCUGCUGGGCCCAGAUUUGGUUGUAGGAGGGCUGAAUUUAUCCCUCCCUUUUUUUAAAUUUACUUUGAAUGAGACGUUCUACAACAAAGAAGAGGAUAGGAUGCCUUUGCCCCUUAGAGUGCCUAUUAGUGAAACUUUCCUUUGGGGAGAAAGGGAUGUGGGUUCUUCAUUCACACUUUAUACUAUAUAAAAAGUUGAGGUUCUCUUGUUCUUUAGUUUUUUUAUUAUUAUGAAGGACCAAGUAAGUGCCGUUGCAUCUUUUUCUUAUGCUCUGAACUGCAAUAAAUAAUGUUUGUAUCCUU